GUGGCUCAUGUGACUGAGAGUGUAGUGAGCAGUGAGAUGAGGGUGGAUGGAGCUGGACAGCUGUAGAGGGGAAGGUGAGGUGUGCUCUCUGUCUGUGCAGGUUUAGAGAUGCCUUCCAAUAAAUCCGUGUCUGAUGCCCCCAUCACCCAGUUCAGGAACUGCCGCAUCCUCAGGGAGCACACACUGCAGUGGGAGGAUCUAUGGGUGCGACAGGGGAAGAUCCUUAAUCCUGAAAAGCUUUUCUUUGAUGAGAAAGGGGCUGCUGAUGUCAAGGUGGACUGCCAUGGAAGAAUCAUUGCACCGGGAUUUAUUGACACACAGAUCAAUGGUGGCUUCGGUGUGGAUUUUUCCCAGGAAACAGAUAACGUUAAAGAAGGGAUUUCUCUGGUUGCUCGUAGCAUCCUGUCACACGGAGUGACCUCUUUCUGUCCGACCCUGGUGACAUCGCCCACAACGCUUUACCACAAGGUGAUUCCUCAGAUAACUGUGAAUGCUGGAGGUCCACAAGGAUCUGGAGUGCUGGGUGUCCACCUGGAAGGUCCGUUCAUCAGCUCGGAGAAGAAGGGAGCCCAUCCGGAGCACUGUCUACGGUCGUACAGGGAGAGGGGUUUCUCAGAAUUAAUGGACACUUAUGGGACCCUAGAUGGGGUCAGCAUUGUGACUUUGGCCCCAGAAAUGGAAAAGAGUAAAGAGGUGAUCGAGGAACUAGUACAGCGCGGAAUGCGUGUCUCCUUAGGUCACUCCGUGGCUAAUUUAUCUCAGGCAGAAGAUGCUGUGAAUUACGGGGCUUCAUUUAUUACUCAUCUCUUCAAUGCCAUGCUACCGUUCCACCACCGAGAUCCCGGCAUUGUGGGGCUGUUGACAAGUGACCGCAUUCCACCUGGGAGGACAGUUUAUUAUGGGAUGAUUGCAGAUGGAAUCCACACAAACCCUGCUGCACUCAGGAUUGCACACCGCGCACACCCUAAUGGUCUGGUUCUGGUGACAGACGCCAUCACAGCCAUGGGUCUUGGACCUGGUAAACACACUCUGGGCCAGCAGGAAAUCCUCAUUGAUGGGUUUAAUGCCUAUGUGGCUGGGACACAUACACUGGCAGGCAGCAUUGCUACAAUGGAUACGUGUGUGCGGCACUUCCAUGAUGCCACAGGUUAG